UGCUCGUCGGAACAGGCGACCGAACCGUUUUAAACGUUCCCUCGGCCCUCUAAUCGAUUUGAAAGAUCGUCUUCCGCUUCUCCUGCGAAUAGAGCUAGCUAACACUAACCGCAGCAAGCAGACACAAACAGUCAACAGCGCCGACAGCCGAAAAGAUGCCAAAGAGUGAUACCCCUCCAUCCUCACCGCAUUACCCCCAGAUGGAUGACGACGAAGACGAAGAAGAAUUCUUUGAAGUGAACGAAGAUGAACUAGAAGAAGUCCUGAACUUGGCUGAUGGAGGUAGAAGUGAUGAAGAAGAUGAAGCAUUUGAUGAUGAACCUGUCCUCGGACCACCUCCAGAGAGAGAUGAUGCAUUCCUGCUUUUUUCUCAGCAUUCAAGUUCAAUAUUUAGCUGUCACAUAGAACCAACGAAUGGGAAAUUGGCAGUUACUGGGGGUCAAGAUGACAAAGCAUAUGUUUGGGAAAUUGAAAAUGGAAAGAUACUGCUUGAAUGCACAGGUCAUCAGGACUCAGUUACUGCUGUGGAAUUUAGUCAAGAUGGAAACUAUGUGGCUACUGCUGAUAUGGCUGGUCUGGUUCAGGUGUGGAGAACUAGCUCAAUGCAGAAAGUGUGGGAAUAUACUAUGGGAGAUAUGACAUGGAUGAGAUGGCAUCAUGGGACUAAUGUUCUCAUGGCUGGUGCUGCAUCUAGUGAAGUUUACAUGUGGAAAAUUCCAAGUGGAGAUUGCAAAGUCUUUGGAGGAAGUGGAGAAAAGAGUGACUGUGGAGUAAUUUUACCUGAUG